AUGGUCUACAUACGUGGGUCAUCAUAUAACGCUGAAAAAAAUAAAAUGACAUGUGUCAGAAAAAAUGAUAACGGCAAAUUAUUAGAUGAUAAUUUGUAUGAUGAAUUUUUUUCCUUAUCAGAAAGAGACGAUAACAAUGUAGAUAGGACGACCCAAUAUAAUGAUAAGAAAAUAAUAGAUCAUUGUUUAUAUAACUAUAAAAUAUUACCUACAUUAAAAAAUAAAAAUAAAUUGAUAAAUGUCAGAAAGGAAUAUGUUCAUAAUAACAUUUUCAGUCAUAAUUAUGAAAAAAAAAAAGAAAAAAAUGAGAAUCCUGAUCAUAUAAACUUUAAAGGUCAGAAAGCAUAUUCUGUUGAAAAUACAUCAAUUGAUUGUAAUAAUAAAUUUAUUUAUAGAACUAAUUCCUUUAAAAAUGAUGUUAAUUUGUUUAAUCAUUAUAAUCAUAUAAAUUACAGGAAAAAAAAAGAAAUGGAGAUAAAAUAUAAAAACAAAACAAAUAAUGAUAAAUAUAAAGAAAUAAAAAAUAUGAGAAAAAAAAAAUAUAUAAAUUUUUAUGAUAUUAUGCAUUGUAAUCAUAAUAACAAAUAUUACGAUGUGAUAGAUAAUAAAAAAAAAAAUAUUUCAUUUUUAUUAUCAUAUUCUAAUGAUAAUAUAUAUCGAAACAAACACAUGUCCAUAUUUAAUAAUAUAGAAAAAAGGACGACAUAUCCAAAUUUAAGAACUUUUCAAAGUAUUAAUAAUAUAAGUACUAAUAUAAAUUAUAAAAAAAAAUAUUUUGAAAAUGUUAGAAAUAAAUUUAUUACACAUAAUAAUUAUAAUGAUAUUACAGAAGGUGAGGAGAAUAAAAUUAUUAAAAUAAAUAUGAGUCCUAUAGAUCAUUCUACAAAUUCUUCACCUGUUACAAGAUAUAAUAAUAUAUUCUCAGUCAAAUUCUUAUGUCAGGCUAAAUGUUAUAAUUUAAUAAAAAUAAGUCACAUAUUUUUUUCUAAACAAAUUACAUAUAAAUGGUUUGAUAAUUAUAAUAUUUUAUGUGCAUUUCUGUGUCCAGAUAAAGAAGAUCAUCAAUUUUAUAGUUCCGCAGAUUUUUAUAAAAUAGAAAAUCUUAAUUUAAAAAAAAAUGUAACAUCAUCUAAAAGUAGUAAAUACAUAGUUUUUAUAUUCAAAAAUGGCUCAGUAAUCAUAUGGAAAAAUUUUAAUAACCAUGAAAAAAAUGAUAAUUUUAUAAACAAAAUAUUGCUUUUCUUGAAUUCUUUUUCUGAUGAAUUAUUACCAGCAUAUCUACAACAAGAAGAUACCAUAUUUUAUUUUCAAGGAAAAGAACAUAAUAAAUUCAAUCAUCAAUAUGUAACAAACAUGCAAAAAAAAAAAAAAAAAAAAAAAAAAAAAAAACAUAUUAUAAAAAAUAAUUCUAAACAAAAUGAUAAUAAUAGUUAUAAUAAAACAAGCAAACAAAGUGAAAUGAAAAUAAAAAAAAAAAAAUUGAAAUUUAAAACAUCAUAUGAACAAAAAAGUAAGAAGGACACAAAAAUAAACACAGUUGUAAAUAAUGGUGUUAUCUAUUUAACCAAUAAAUCACUAGAACAAAAAUUAACUGCAUCAUUUGCUUUAUCACAAUCAAUACAACUAGAUGUUCAUGAAAUGAUGAUGGAUAUUGCAAUUAACACACUAUUUAAAAUAUCCAAAGAAAUUGCUAACAAUGGAACAUGUAUCAUUUCUAAAGAAAAAAUAGCAACAAUGAUGCAUGUCUACUCAAGCAUUAUAAAUGUAAAUGCAGUUCAAGAUUUUUUAGACAUUCCAGAAUAUUUCUGGAAUAAGGUAGAAUAUGAGCACGCAUGGUUUGAGGUAUAUAAAUAUAUGGAAAUUCCUGAGAGGAUAAAAAUAUUAAACAAGAGAUAUAAUUAUUACAAGGAUUUUUUAAAGGUUAUAAAAACGGAGGUAUACAAUAAGAAAACAUUUUACACGUAUAGAAUUGUAGUGUUGUUGUUAUUUAUACAUGUAAUGGCUUUAUUAUUGAAUGAUUUUCUUUUUGUAAAAUGA